UUAGAUAUUGCAUUUUAAAAUAAUUUUCUUCACAGAUCAAUUUUAUAAAAUUAAAAAAGUUAAAUGAGUAACUCUGAAUUUGCAAGAUCACAGCUUUACAAACAUGGUUGGCAAAGUGGCAAAGGACUUGGUCGUUCUGAAAAUGGUAUUCAAAAUGCAUUGAAAGUUAAGCUUAAAAAUAAUACUAAUGGAUUAGGUCUCGACCAAGGAAGCGAGUUCACAUUUCAUUGGUGGGAUCACAUAUUUAACAAAGCAGCUAAUUCUAUAAAAGUGCUCUCCACAGAAGAUGGAGAUACAGUUGAAAAAGAUAUUAAUGCAAAGAAAGUUGUGCCAUCAUUUAUUUCGGCAAAAAAGCCUUUAAAGCGUUGUUUUGAAGGAAAACCAUUACUUUAUGGAUCAUUUGUAAAGGCUGGAACUUUAAAAGAGGAGUUGGAUCAGGCUGAUGUAAUGCUUUCAGAUGGUAACAGUGAUAGUGAAUCAUCUGAAUCUGACAAUGAUUUAAAUGCCACAGAUACACUUGAAAAGACCUUUAAGUUGACUGGUUUGACUGGUCAUAAAGCCGCAAGACAUGGUUUUAAGUUAGGCGGAAAAUUGAAGCGCAUUCAAGAACAAGAAGCUAAAGCAGUCAGCAUGAUUAAUCUAUACCCUUCAAAUUUAGAAGAAUGUUCACUAGAUUUAGAAAUAAAUAAAUGCUCUGAUGGUAUUCAGAAAAAAAGCAUUAAAAAAAGGAAAUUAGUAAUCGAAAAUCUUCAUGUACAAGAAAAAUACAAGAAAAAAAAGAAAAAAAAUUCUAAAGAAAUAGAUGAUGUCCUUGAGAAAUCAGAGAUAAAGAUUUUAACUGAGAAAAAAUUAAAAAAAAAAAAAGAAAAAAAAAAGUAAAAUAUAAAAGUUCUUACUUUAAA